AGGAAGGAAAAGGGGAGAAGGGAAGGAAAGAAGGAAUAGACGGAAGGGAAGGAAGGAAAAGGGGAGGAAAGAAGGAAACAGACGGAAGGGACCUACAUCCCCCGGCGUCCAGAGCUAGGGCUCCACGAUUCCGCCUCCUCCGCUGCUGCCACCGCCGCCGCUGCGGCUUCUCCUGCCCGCCCGGGAGGGGAGGGCCACCCGCCCACUGGCUUCCUGGGGGAGGCGGGCGCGGCUUCCUCCUCCUCCUCGCGGGCUCCCGUCCAUCCUCCCCUGCCGGGCCAGCUGGCAGCAGCGCGGACGCGGGAGAGCGCGGACCAGCCGGGCUGCGCAGCCCCCAUGGACGGUGAGGACCUCUUGAACUGCAACAGUGCCUUCUCUCACCCGGAUUGGCUGGUGGACAUCGAUUCCCGCCUUCGGAGCCAGGAGGAAGAGCUGACCCUGGUGAAGUCGGCCUUAGCCGAUGCCCUACGGAGACUCAAUGCUUACGAUCAGCAGAUCCCGUGGCUCAAGCAGCAGCUGCUGGAAGCAGAUGCUAAAGAGGCCGCCUUGCUUCCCAGAGGCAAUAAUGCCAAAUGGAUCCUGCCUCCUCUCGCCUCCAGAAAUUCCAGUUCGAGCCUUGCCCCCAAAUUCGGAAGCCGCGGAGAAGGGGCAUUCGAAGCGGAGAAGAUCCAUGGGUCAAGGAUCAGCGUCGGGACGCAAACCGAGGCGCUUCCAACGCCGGGGAGGGAUGCAGAAAAGUCUCUAAGCAAUGGGGGUCUUCAACAGGCAGAGGAGAGCUCAGCUACGAGGGGAAAGUCCUUGCAGGACUCUUCCAACGUUGGCGAGAUGGACUUUGCUAAAGGUCCCAGCGGUGGUAGUGGUGGUGGUGGUGACCCCAUUAAAGUAGCCACGAACUCCCUUGGGCCGCCAACCGAGAGAGAAAACGUGGCUGCCGAGCUACAGACGGUUCAGGAGGACCCUGAAGCUCACAGCUCCAACCCAGAUCCUACCAGCAGGUGCCUCCAGGAAGCUCAAGACGUUGGAGAACCUCCACCAGAUGCCACCAGAGAUGAACCUCCAAGCCCAGGGCAGUCCCGGCUUGGGGGUCAGCCUCUGGGACCAGGAUCGGCCUCCCCAGAGCCCUCCUCGGAAGGGAGCAGCAGCAGCAGCACCCCAGCCUCCCCGGUGCCCACCCUUCAGAAUGUGAUGGCCACCAAAAAGGAGUUGCUGCGAAGGAACAGCUCCUCCGACAAGCUGGCCCGGACCAAACAGCCCCUCCCAAAGAAAGCUGCUUCCAGUGCCAACCUUUUUAACCGUUCCAGCAGCCUUGAAAACCGAUCGAAGGAUCCCACUUUAAGUCCAGGACCGACAAGCUCUCGGCGUUUGAAUUAUAAUCUGGAGGGACUCUCCAUCAAAAUGUUUCUACGCGGACGGCCCAUCACCAUGUACAUCCCUUCCGACUUCCAUAACUAUGAGGAUCUGCGCAUGGAGCUCCCAACACAGAAGCUGCAGCUGGACUGGGUCUACGGCUACCGGGGACGUGACUGCCGUUCCAAUCUCUACGUCUUAACAUCCGGGGAGCUGGUCUACUUCAUUGCCUGCGUGGUGGUGCUUUACCACGUCCAGCGGCGCACGCAGCGCCACUACCUUCGCCACACCGACUGUGUGCGCUGUCUUGCAGUACAUCCUGACGGAGUCCGUGUGGCCUCGGGGCAGAUGGCUGGCGUGGACAAGGACGGCAAGCCGCUGCAGCCCUUUGUUCACAUCUGGGACUCCGUCACGCUGCUGACCUUGCAGCAAAUCGGUCUGGGCAGCUUUGAGAGGGGCGUCGGUUCUCUGGCUUUCUCCACGGCGGACGAGGGCGCCUACCUGUGCGUGAUCGACGAAUCCAACGAACACAUGCUCUCCGUGUGGGACUGCCUCCGUGGCACCAAACAAGCUGAAAUCAAGAGCACCAACGAAUCGGUCCUGAUGGUGGAGUUUAAUCCCCAAGACAGUAGCAACAUAAUCACAGCUGGAAAGUCGCACGUCUAUUUCUGGACCUGGGUGGGAAGCAGCUUAACCAAGAAACAGGGGAUCUUUGGGAAAUACAAGAAGCCCAAGUUUAUCCAGUGCUUCGUGUUUGACACCAACGGGGAUGUCCUCACGGGGGAUUCCGAAGGCAACAUCCUCACGUGGGCGAGGGCAGUGGCCGACAUUCGCACUCUGGGCAAGGGGGCAAAAGAGACCUAUCAGAUCAGCAAGCAGACCCACGCGCACGAAGGGAGCAUCUUUUGCCUCUGCCUGUGCCGCGACGGUUCGGUCUUGAGCGGGGGCGGCAAGGACCGUCGUUUGCUUCAGUGGAGCCCCCUCCUCACUGUCCUCCAGGAGGUGGAGAUACCGGAGCAAUUUGGCGCUGUGCGCACCAUCGCAGAGGGCGAGAGCGGGGAGCUUUUGGUGGGGACCACGCGCAACGCCCUCCUACGGGGCAGUUUGGCCGAAGGCUUCAAACCCAUCAUCCAGGGCCACACGGACGAACUCUGGGGUCUGGGGACUCACCCCUCACGGGACCUUUUUGUCACUUGCGGCUACGACAAGCAACUCUGCCUGUGGGACGGCAGUGAACAUAUGAUGGCUUGGAGUCUCACCUUAGAGGAAACAGGACUCUGCGCCGAUUUCCACCCGAGUGGGAAAGUGGUGACUGUGGGACUCAGCACUGGACGAUGGCAGGUGCUGGAGACGGAGACGCGACAGGUUUUGUCCAGCUACACAGAUGGAAACGAACAGCUCUCUGUAGUACGUUAUUCCCCAGAUGGAGAGUUCUUGGCCAUCGGUUCCCAUGACAACUUCAUCUAUAUAUAUAGUGUGGAAGAGAAAGGGCAUAAAUAUACUCGUUUUGGCCGCUGCACGGGGCAUUCCAGCUUCAUUACACAUCUGGAUUGGUCCAAAGAUGGGAAAUUCAUCAUGUCUAAUUCUGGGGAUUAUGAAAUCUUGUAUUGGGAGGUAGCCAGAGGUUGCAAGCUAGUACGGAAUCGGUUUGACAACAGGGACCGGGAAUGGGCCUCCUACACCUGCGUGCUGGGUUUCCACGUUUUCGGGGUUUGGCCCGACGGCUCGGAUGGCACGGAUAUCAACGCCCUGUGCCGUUCGCACAACGAGCGGGUGGUGGCUGUGGCGGACGAUUUUUGCAAAGUCCAUCUCUUCCAGUACCCUUGUGCCAAGCCCAAGGCUCCCAGCCACGUCUACACCGGCCACGGCAGCCACGUUACCAACGUCCGUUUCACCCACGACGACGGCCACCUCAUCUCCAUGGGGGGCAAGGACACCAGCAUCUUCCAAUGGCGGAUGUUGGGGGGCGCUACUCCCCCGGCCAGCCGAUCCCUCUCCUCCCUUUCCUCGCACGAAGCAGGAUCCGGCACCUGAAGCUGCCGAAAUCCGGAUGGAUCAACCUUAAGGAUGGCGACCGAGUUCUCAGGUGUGGGGAGUUGCUCGGAGACAUCUCCUGCCUCGGCGUAUGGACCGGUUGGCUUCCCUUCCGCCCUGCCUAACUGGAGAGUUUUCGUUUGCUAACCGUCGCCGCCGUUUGCUUAUUAACACAAGGUGAAGGGCAGUCGCGAUGCGCAGCUGGGUGACGCCCGCGGCCAUGGCAAAUCAAACGUGGUGCGUCACCUUCUCCUGUCCCUGGGCCGGGUGGACGGAGAAGCUGCCAAACACGGCAGGCAGGUAGAAAGGGAAAAUUGGGCCUCUGGGAUUUCCUCGGCUUUCGCUCUGUACAUGCCUCUGGAUCUUCAAAGCCUAGAGAAGAUGGGGAAUUGGGAUCCUCCAUCGCCGUUCCCUGUUUAAGUAGUGCUCAGCUUGCCACCACCUUUGGGAUCAGAAUUCCCGCUGCCAGGCUAAGGUGCUUGCUAAUUGGACGGCCUGUCUUUGACACGGUCGUUAACUGUCGCUGCGGUUGUUCGUCAUUAAGUGGAUCUGACUUCUCCCAUGGUUCUUCAGCAGUGGCGCCUGGUUUUAUGACCGUUUUGGCCACGGGGGAGGGGGGGAUUAGACAGGUUGUUAAAUGAAUCAGGCAGUCCUUAAGCAAAUCCAGCUCCUUUCCUCCCAUUGACUUUGCCUGUUGGAAGCCGGUUGGGAAGAUCACCAAUAGUGAUCACAUGAUCCUGGGACACUGCAACCAUGUGCCUGAAUCUUGAUCACGUGACCACUAGGGACGCUGCAGCGGUCAUAAGUGCGAAAAACGGUCAUAAGUCACUUUUUUCAAUGGCAUCGUAACUCCAAACGGUCGCUAAACGAACAGAAUUUUUGUAAGUCGUGCACUACCUUUAUAGCAGUGCUUCCCAAACUUGCACAAAUUGCCUACACUAGGUAAAUGUGGGGUUUUUUGGGGUAGCAACAACACACAAACUUGUUAAUGCUUUUGCAGAAGGAACAAUGAAACUCGUGUUCGUGCAAAAUGGUGUUUUUUGAAGAAAAGGGACCGUUUGGGGUCCUUUUGGUUAAUAAAUUCAGAGUGAAUCUCCUGCGAGGAGGCGGCAGUCGUGAUCUGUGGGCCUCACAGAAAUUUAAUUCAAUAAAUAAAAUUAAAUAUCUAUGCCCUGACAUCUGUUGAAGUAGGAUUUUUUUUCUCCAUUCCGGCCUUCAUAAAAGUGCACAAAAUGAAAACGUUCGCUAAAGCCCGAAAAGGUGGAUUUUAGAAGGAAAAAGGUUGGGGAAGCACUGUUGUAUAGAUUUUUUAAAAAAACCCACUUCUUUGAUUUUGUUUUUACUUUCAUUUUGGACCUGGUUGGGUCCAACAUGUAAAUAGGCAUACAAAAAAGGAAGGUUUUCAUGUUUGGAAAGAGAAAAUAAAUGUUUGCAUCUCAAAUCUU